UUGAUAUCUAAGAACCAACAGAAGAAAGCAGCAGGCUCCUUCAUGCCCUCGUCCACAGUGAACUGCAGUCAUGCUGUUGAACACUCUGCUCAUUGUGCUGAGCUCUCACUGCGUCUGGGCCAGAAAGUCUGAACCUUCCAUCAAUGAGGCGGAUGCAGGUUUAUUUAGGGGAUCAGAUAAAUAUGACUUUGCCGUUGUGGUUCCUGCUGCCGGGAUGGAGUGUUUCUGGCACUUUGCCCACCAGAGUGGAAGCUUCUACCUGAUAUACAUGGUGCAGUGGGUAACAGGGAUGGCCAAUGAUCACCGGCUUUUUGUGACAGUCAACUCACCACAGGGCAUUCUCAUUGUGUCAAAGAACAAGGCUGUCGGUCAAAUUAACUUUCAGACUGAGGUGACAGGUUUUUACCGGAUUUGUCUUGGGAACCACAACAACCAGUUCGGAAGCAUCAGGGUCUUUCUGAACUUUGGCGUCAUCUACGAAGGUUUUGAGAAGUCAAAGAAAGAAAUGGAGGAGGGAGAGAAAGUCCUCAACAGCACUUUGGCCGGUAUUGAGGUGAGUGUUCAGAAGCUGCAGAUUCAGAUCUUCCACAUGUGGCGUCAUUACAACUUCGCCCGCAUGACGAAAGGGAAGGACCACUACCUCCUCCUGUCCAACCUCAACUACGUCACCUGGUGGUCGGCGACCCAAAGCUUCGUCAUCCUCCUGUCCGGAUACCUGCAGCUCCUCGUCCUCAAAAGGCUCUUCCACACAGACCCCAGCAGGCCGCGAUGCUGAGAGCAGAACUGAGAGCUGUGACCACAUUUCUACUUUCUCUUAACAUAUUUUUAUUGAUACAUCUUUGGAAAAGAUAGUGAUCUUGCACACUAUCUGGAACUUGCAACUAAAGUGUAUUUACUGAUCAAUAGAUAUUGGAGGUCACCUCAUUAUUUAUCACUGAAAGGUGAUCAUCAAUGGCCAUAUUUAGAAACAUAAACAACAAAUCAAAGUACAAAAUAUCCAACCACCUGGUUGCUGGGUGUUCGUUUAACAGAUCGGUGCUUUAAUCUGUCCUCCAGAUAUUUCACAUAUUGUCUCCAGUUCAGCUUAUCUCUCAGGCAUGUCAAAGCUUUGGUUAGG